CAAAGCAACGACAAGAAAUUUGUGCAAAGGGAAAAGUAAACGGCAAACGCGAAACCGACAAAAAUAUAAAAGAAACAAAAAAAGUGGAGCGAAAGCAAAAUUUCAUUCCAUAUUAAAUAAAUUAAUUUUUCAAUAAAUAAGCAAAGUAUAAAGUUUCUAUAUUUUAUUGUCAAUAAAAUAAGGAUACACCGAUAAAUACUUGAAGUCAUCCCAAGCGUUAUAAGAGUCAAACCAGGAUAUAGACAAACAAAAAACACACUGUUCACCGACUACUACCGGCUAAGUACAUACAGUUGUGGCGAGCACAUAAAUAAAGUAACGGAAACAGCCAACGGAAGUACGGCGUAAAAUCAAACACUUAACACAGCAGCAGCGACAACAGCAACAACAACAGUCAGACAAAAUGAGUAAAAAACCGACAGUCGGACCCGCGCUCCACAAAGUGAUAAUGGUGGGCAGCGGUGGUGUUGGCAAAUCGGCGCUGACACUACAAUUCAUGUACGACGAAUUCGUGGAGGACUACGAACCAACCAAAGCAGAUAGUUAUAGGAAAAAGGUCGUUUUAGAUGGCGAAGAAGUACAAAUAGAUAUAUUGGAUACUGCCGGGCAAGAGGAUUACGCCGCCAUACGAGAUAAUUAUUUUCGCAGCGGUGAGGGUUUCCUCUGUGUCUUCUCAAUCACAGACGAUGAAAGCUUCCAAGCAACACAAGAAUUCAGGGAACAAAUUUUGCGUGUGAAAAAUGACGAAAGCAUACCGUUCCUGUUGGUGGGCAACAAAUGCGAUUUGAGCGACAAACGCAAAGUGCCGCUGAACGAAUGCCAGACACGCGCCCAACAAUGGCAGGUGCCCUAUGUGGAGACCUCAGCAAAGACGCGUGAAAACGUCGAUAAGGUAUUUUAUGAUUUAAUCAGGGAUAUUUCUUCACGAAAGAAACAACGUCAGUCCGAUGUGCGACAGCCGCCAAAAACCAAAUCUCAUUGCUGCCAACUGCUGUAAUAUACAUGAAAUGGAAAAAUCGAAAAUCUAACAACUACAUUACAAAAACAAAAACAAAAACAAAAAAUAUGAAGAAAAACGCUGCAAAUCUGAAAACGACGCUGUUGAACAACACAAGCUGAUGAUGUAUGCCGUAAACCAACAAUGACAAUGACGACGAAUGCAUAAAUAAAUAUUAUCCAUUAAGAUAAGCAAAAAAAAAAGAAAGAAAAACAUGCGUUAUUACUGUAUUUUCAAGUGAAAUUAAAAUUAAAUUAAAAACAAUUAAAGAAAGCUCUAAAACUGCAGCGCUUCAAAUUUUUGCAUGCAACUCUGUUAUAUUACCAGAAUAAAGGCGGAGUGGAAAACAGCAUAUACAACUCAAUUUAUGCGUGAAUUUGUAAAAUAAAAAUAAUAUUUGAAACCUACAAACCACAGACUUUUGCAUGCUUACACACACAUGCAUACUUACAUAAGUUUAUAUAAAUAUAAAGCAACACCAAUUGUAAAAUCAAUCAACAACGUACUGUAUUCAAUAAAUGAACAAAUGAAAAAAACCAAAAGAAACAACUUAGACCUUGCAGAUUUUGUUAAUUGUUUAUAAAAAAAUGUUAUUUUUAACAGAAAACAAUAUUCGUAACAAUUUGAAUAUGUUUUUAAGAGUUUCAAUUUGCUCGAGCGCUGAUUUAGAUCGUUUUACCAUACAAAAGAAAAAUCUUAAUUUACUACAUUAAUUCUUAAUCGAAUACAAAUUGACUUGAAACUGGAAUGUAACACUACGGGUUGUUUAUAUUUGUUGUUUUUUUUUUAAGUAUUUUAAAACUUUUUUGAACGAAUGGGUACAUUGUCUUUUGUAAGGAUUGUGGAAUAUUGUCCAUAGUAUUUUAAUAUAUGGUGAUUGACUUCAUAUGUAACGUGGUGUGAAACAUACUCCGAUAUACUAUAUUUCUCAUAAUUAUAAAAAAAAAAUCCUUAAAAUUUGUAACAUUGAUUUGGAGGCACCAACACAAUAUAAAAAAAAUACAAAAAUAUUCGAGAGGACUUUUUGUUGGCGUAAUUUGAUUUUCAUAAACAAGUUGCUUCAAUUUGCGAAAUUUUCUUUCAUUUAAAGUAGGCUUUUUGGCGCAAGAACUUAUUAAAUGUUAUAUUGAUAUGUCGUGAGUAAUAUUGGCACGUUUUCAGUCGCAAGAAAAACCUGUGUUUACUAAAAAAAUACUGGAAAUAAAUGUUUUUUUAUUUAUUUUUUUUUUUUUUUAUAAAACCAGUAUGUUUUUUGUUAUAUGUAUUAACUAAAAUAAAAAUUUGGCAUACUUUUAGGCAGACAAUUUAUUUUUGAAAAAUCAAAAACACUCUUUCAAGUUACUUUUUCUUAACACUGUACAACACUCGGCUGAAAUAAACUAACGUUUUCCGGAAGACUGAGUAGAUGAUAUACUGAUAAGUAAAAGCAUCUAAAGUCGAAAAAUAUGAUUUCAAAGUUCGAAAAAGUUUUUUUUUUUUAUAAAUAAUUGUUAUUAAUUGCUAAAUAUAGUAUCUGAAAAAUUCAAAAUUUGGAAAUAAUCAACAUUUUUCUCUUAAUUCAAGGUGAGAUACAAUUUUUCGGUCAAGCUUAUAAGGUGGCUGCUAUGAAAGGUCAAAGUUAGAUCUUCGAAAAUUGUAAAAAUUUUAUGUAUCGGAAAAUACUGGAAACCAUGUAGCAUUUGUCAUAUAAGGUUGGCCAAAACCAAUUAUACACCAUUAAAUCACGAGGAGCAUGUAAAUUAUAUCGAUAUUGUGGAUUUGUUAAUAGCUAUAUCCUGUAAUUAAUUAUUAUAUUUAAAAAUUCAAAAUUUUCAAACUUUAAAACCAAAUAUUUCGAUUUUGGAGACUAACUUCGAAAAUCGGAGAAUACACUUUUUUUUACUUCUACUUUUUAUGAUCCAAUCUACCGGAACAAAAUAUGUAGUUUGGUCCAAAACAAAGAAAAAAAGUCGAUUUUGUCGAAUAGUGUAAUAUUUUCACUAAAGUUGUUUGUACAUAAACUUUAAUGUCAGAGCGUUUCUCAGACUCCAUUCGGUCCAGCAGAAAAGCGCCAUCAGCAAUUUACUUUUCUAAAUAAAAAUAUGUAUUAUAUUUUCUUGGCGGCGUUCAGCACUCUCUUAUUACAAAACAUACAGAAAGUCGUUAUAAAUUUUUUUUGCAACAACACCAACAAAAAUUCGUCAUUUUCGUCUACAAAAUACUAAAAACUACUCUGCUAUAAAUAUUUGUGUGUGAACUGUGUAAACGAUUAUUCUUUAAAUUUUAAUUGUAUGCAUUAGAUACAAUUAUUUAUAUUAUUAUUAUUAUUAUUAUUAUUAUAAAUAUGUUUUUAAGUUUAAUGAAACAAUAUUAUAUAUACACAUACAUAAAUGGGACAAGUGAAAACAUAAACGAAAUUAUAAAAAGAGUCAAACGACAAAUAAAUCAAUACUUAUAUAUAUUGUAUACAUGCUUUUAAGAGUAUUGUAAUGCUUUAAUUUGUAUUUGUAAACUUAAAAAAAAAAAUAUAUAUACAUUUGUAUUCAUAUUUGUAAAAUAUACAUAAUUUGCAAAUUAUUUUUCGUUGAUAUUAUUAAGCGUAUUUUAACACAGUUUUGUGAAGUUUUCGGCGCAAUUUCAUAUAUACAUAUUUAUGCAGGCGGUUGCAGUGAAAGAAAAAACAACAAAGUAGAAAAAAAAUAAUUAAAAAAUAAAAAUACUUUUUUUUUUUAAUUUUGUAUUUCGAUAUUGUAUGGCAAGAGCACGCUCCGUAGCAAGUUUCUUAUAUUUAAAUCAAAUUAAAUGCAUAUGCACACACACACUUAUAUACAUAGAUACAAAUAAGUGUAUAUAAAUUUGUAAUACCGUUAACCUUUAACGGUUUUGUUUACCUAUACGUAUUUUCACCUAUCCUAACUAUCGAUGAAACCUAUCAAGCUUCCUAUAUAUGUAUAUUGUAUUUAGUAGCAACAACAAUAAACACACAUACACGCAACUCCUAAAUGAAAAAAAAAACAAAACAAAACCAACAUUAUUAUUAUAUUUAUAACUAUAUAUAUGUAUACCAUAUAUACAUAUGGACGUGUGUAAUUAUUUGUUUAUUACCAUGUAGAAUUGUAAUAUGAUGCUAUUUUUCUUUAUGUUUAACUUUGAUUUUGUGUAGUUAUGCGUAAUUGAAAUUAACAUAAAAAAUAAAAUAAAAAUAACAACAACAACUCAAAUUGUAAACACAUUCUUAUACAAACAUUGUUGUAGUCUUCGGCACUGACACACUAUGCACUCAACACUUACUCUGUCUCACGAUGCAAUUGUUCGUUGCAUUAUUGCAAAUUAAAAAAAAAUUGCUGCAGUUCAAUAAAAAUCAGCUCUGUGCAGCAGUGUGCAUUGCAAGUGCGUAAAUUAAAAAAACAAAAAAUAUAAAAAAAAACAAAAAAUAUGAAAAUCAAAAAUUAGCUGAAGAAACACGUUCGUUGACUCUGCAUUGUCAAUAGAAAUGUAAGCAAAAACAAAAACAACAAACAAACAAACUUUCUUAACUAAACUAAGCCGCAAACGACGAAAAAUUAUACAUAAUUAUUAAAUAUAUAUAAUGUAAUGAAAAUGAUAAUGAAAAUGAAAAUGAAAAUGCAUUACAUUCAAACAAUCGCUACAAAAUAUAUAUACAUACAUACUUAUAUAAAAAAAUGUACGAAUAUGCAUUUGUUUUUUUGUAAGAAAGAUUCUUAAUGAAAAAUCCCAAAAAUAGCUUCAAUAAAAAAUCAACUGAAAAAUA